CCCGCCUGGCCUCGCGCCUGUGAAUCUGUACAGGCGGAGAGUUCGCGACCCAGAUCGCGCCUGCGCCUGGUCGGCUGGGGCGCUCUCCUGAGAGAAGGUGGCUGGGAAGAACCUCGUGCAGCGAGGCGGGGACGCAGGAUCCGGCGGGUGGGCGAUGCAGGGCGAGCAGGCACCGAGCCGCGUUCACUGGCCAGUCUCGGAGCCCUGGAGGUAAAAGCCAGCGAUGGACCUUGUGAGACUUGCCCGGCUCUUCUCCAGCCCCUGCCCCAGGGGACUGUCUGUCUUGCAACACCUUGACCCUCUCAGAGCCAGGUGGGCAGGAGGUAGGGAGAGUCUUGUAUGGCUGAGGGCCAUGGGGCUGACUGGGCCAACACCAGCAGCUUUCAGCAGCUCCCUCUCUCAGCUGCCCCUCGGCCAGGGGAGCCAGAAGAACACGCGCAGCUUCAGCUCUGACCCGAGCCAGCCCAGCUCUGUGGCCACCCAGGAGAAAGAGGAGGAGGAGAGCUUUGGGACCCUUUCUGAUAAAUACUCCUCCCGGAGAAUGUUCCGCAAAUCAACGGCCCAGUUGUAUAACCUGCGGCUCAUGGAACAGAGUGCUGAAGAGGAUGAAGAAAGGGAGCUGGAGCCAAAAUCAUGGCAGGGCCGGAGAAACACCCCUUACUGGUACUUCUUUCAGUGCAAACGCCUGAUCAAGGAAGGAAAGCUGGCUGAGGCUCUGGACCUGUUCGAGAGGCAGAUGCUGAAGGAGGAGCGACUCCAGCCUCUUGAGUGCAACUACACGGUGCUGAUUGGGGGCUGUGGCCGGGCUGGCUACUUGAAGAAGGCCUUCAGGCUCUACAACGAUAUGAAAAAGCGGGACCUGGAGCCCUCAGAUGCCACCUAUACAGCCCUGUUCAAUGUCUGCGCUGAGUCCCCCUGGAAGGACUCUGCUCUGCAGAGUGCCCAGAAGCUACGGCAGCAGCUCCAGGCCAGAAACUUCCAGCUCAACUUGAAAACGUACCAUGCCCUGCUGAAGAUGGCUGCCAUGUGUGCAGACCUCAGGAUGUGCCUCGAUGUGUUCAAGGAAAUUGUUCAUAAAGGGCAUGCAGUCACAGAGGAAACCUUCAGUUUCCUGCUCAUGGGCUGCAUCCAGGACAAGAAGACAGGCUUCCGAUACGCCCUGCAGGUGUGGAGGCAGAUGCUGAAUCUGGGGCUCCAGCCGAGCCAGCAUAGCUACAACCUGCUGUUGGGGGCAGCUCGGGACUGUGGCCUGGGGGACCCAGAGGUGGCCUCAGCACUGCUCCUGAGGCCCAGGGAGGAGAUGGUGCUGCUCCAGCCCCCGGCAGGUGGGCUGCAGGCAAGAAGGAAAGCCCAAGCUGGGACUGUCAGUGGCGUCUCAGCCAGGCUGCAUGUAGAGAACUUGGAAAAGCAGCUGUUUCUGGAACCUUCUCAAGUACUUGAGAGGCCUCCAGAGUCUCAGGAGGCCAGAGUCCCCAGCAAGGCUCGGUCCGAGGUGGAAACCAAAGUGGACCCUGACAAUGCAGUGGCCCUCUCCUCCAUGGCCCCAGAGCUGCCUCCCUGGGGCCUAGAAGCCAACCUCCUGACCUUGGGGGCGGUCCCCCAGAAUGUGGUCUCCUUUGGGACCGUGACCACCCCAGCUGACAGACUGGCCUUGAUGGGGGGCCUGGAGGGCUUCCUGGGCAAGAUGGCAGAGCACGGGCUCAGGCCUGACAUCAAAACCCUCACAUUGCUGGCGGAAGUGGUGGAGCCCGGGAGCCCUGCAGAGUCCUCGCUGCUGACAGUCCUGGACAUGCACCAGCUGGAGGCUGAUGUGACAUUCUUCAACACUCUCAUGAGGAAGAAGAGCAAGCUGGGCGAUCUGGAGGGGGCAAAGGCGCUGCUGCCAGCCCUGGCAAAGAGGGGAAUUGUCCCUAACCUGCAGACAUUCUGCAAUUUGGCCAUCGGGUGCCGUAGGCCAAGGGAUGGUCUGCAGCUGCUGGCAGACAUGAAAAAGUUCCAGAUGACCCCCAAUGCCCACAUCUACAGCACCCUCAUCAACGCAGCCCUCAAGAAGCUGGACUACACCUAUCUUAUUGGUAUCUUGAAGGACAUGAAGCAGAACAGAGUCCCAGUGAAUGAAGUGGUUAUCCGCCAAUUGGAGUUUGCAGCCCAGUACCCACCCACCUUUGACCGGUACAAAGGAAAAAACACCUACUUGGAGAAGAUCGAUGGCUUUCGAGCUUAUUAUAAGCAGUGGCUAAAAGUGAUGCCAGCAGAGGAAAUCCCCCACCCGUGGCAGAAGUUCCGGACCAAGCCCAAGGGGGACCAAGACACUGUCCCCAAGGAUGGAAUCGAUGUUAUGGAUGCUUGGAUAGGAAGAAUAAAAGAAAAAGGGGAGUCAUGGACAGCUCCGCAGUUUGUGGCCUGAGAAGGGAAGCAGCUCUGGGGUGGGUGAAAGAGGAUUCAGUUCAAACAUGUUAAGUUUGAAAUGUUUUUAGAUAUCCAAAUGGGGCCAUCCAACAGACAGUUGGUAUAGUCUACUGUAGAGUCAAGGCUGGAGAAGACAUCUGGUCACCUGGUGAAGAGUGGGGAAAGCCAUGUGACUGGAUGGGAUCACUGAGGAAAGGGUAGGGCUGGGGGUGGGUGGGCUAGGAACUCACGCUGCCAUCAUGGAAGUGGAACCUCCCUCGCUAUACUAUUGAGUCUUUUCUCAAUAUUUAAUCAUAGCAUCACCUGCAUUUUUAAAAUCCCUUUUUUUGACCCAUUUUCACAAGAUCAUGCAAACAUUCCAGGAUAUCGUUUUCUACAGAUUCACAAAGUGGAAGGCAGUUUUCAGUAGGUGAUGCCUUCCUGUCACUAUGAAGGUAUGAAGAGGCCAGAGGUAGGGGAUAUCAUGGCAUAGACUAGACUUAGGUUUUGGCCUCUUUGCUAAUGCCAAAAACUGCCUAUGAACUUCAAAACCUGGGAAAUAAUUAUUUUACAAUUAUUCUUAAAAAGUCUAAAUGUUUCUUAGGCAAGUGUUGAUUACACUUGAUUGUUAACUAGUAUAAAGUCCUUAUAAAAACAGUUAUUUACAUGUCCUGGUCACACAGAGUGCCCUUGUCAAUCCCCAUAAAACCCUCUGCCACACAUAAUUUCCCCCAUCUCUGCCCCUCAGUCUCUAUAAUCAGGCUUUUUGUUUGUUUGUUUUGAGGACUUAUAGGGCAACAGUGGCUAUGCAAAAACUUGAAUAAUGAACUAAGAGACAUAUGAAGAGCUGAGAAGUUGUGCUAAGCUAGGAAAUACUGGGGACAAACUAAAAGAGAAAACAGAAAUGUUCCUUCCUAAGAUAACAGUGCCAAUUGCAAAUGGCUCUCAGAUAAAAAGGACAGGUUUAGUAAUGCCAAAGGCCACACAAGGGUCCUUCAUGGCCUACAAUCAAAACUUGUACUAGAGGUUACAAACUGGAAGUUGGCAGCCCCAGCGAGCCUGAAGGCAGGCUUUAUUUGGCUCUUCCCACAAACUUUUUAGUUUAAAUUUUAAAUUAGAACAGUUCACAUAAAAGUUGGAUUUCUGACUUCUCUUGAGAAAAAAUUAGCAAAUUUGGUAAUGCUGAGCUUGCAUUCCACAUGGUAAAAUGGGCUCUAGGUAAGUAGCAGCUUCUGUCCCUCUCUGGUCUGCCACAUACCCAGAGUUCCCUAUUGUUUCCAACACUGAAGCCAAGUCUGGCACCACCUGCCAUCCACAUUGUUUUUUUUAUCGUGGAAGUAAGAGCAAAAUGAGAAAGCAAAGAAAUGCUGAAGAGCUAUAUGGUUUAAUAAAAAUGGGAGAAAAAAUA